AUGGACCUGGAUAUGGUACAGAAGAUUAUAAAAGAUAAUAACAUCCACUAUGUGAGGUUCGAACAAACGGACAUCCACGGUAUUGCUCGUUCUAAAACUAUUCCCGCUCGCCAUUUUGUUGAGAAGGUGACCCAUGGUCUGGGGUUUUAUAUUGGAAUCCUGGGACUUGAUCCUCAAGGUGGACGUGCAUCGGGGUCUGGGUAUAUUGAAGAGAAAAACAAUGGUGAUGCCAUUCUUUAUCCUGAUUUAGACACAUUCCGAGUGUUGCCAUGGUGUGCCAAUACAGCACGGGUUCUCACAGACUCCACCUGGCAUGGAAAACCAACUCUCGCUCACCCGCGACACGUUGCCAAGCAACAACUUGAACGUUUAGCUGAGAUGGGGUACAGUUUGCUGUCAUCUUGUGAAUACCAGUUUCACCUUAUCGAUAAGGUAACGAAAGUUCCCAUGACAACGGAUAUGAUGGCAAGGGCAACAAUUCGAAAUAACGUCAACAUCGAUCUUGUGUAUGAUAUUAUGAACAAUUUACAUAAAGUGGGAUUGGACAUUGAGUCAAUGGAAUCCCAGUAUGCACCUGGGCAACUAGAACUUCCGUAUAAACCAUCAUUCGGAAUAAUGAGCGCCGAUAACGGGUUUACUUUUAAAACAUCCAUCAAAGAAUUGGCUCUACAAAAAGGCUUUAUUGCGUCAUUUAUGACGUCACCCUUCAUGUCAAUCACUGAAUGUGGGUGCCCAGCAGGAACUUUUAACGGAUGCCACUUCAAUCACUCUCUCUGGGACAAAGAGAAGAAAAGCCCCCUUUUCUAUGACUCAACUGGACGUUAUGUGUUAUCAACGAUAGGGGAAAAUUGGUUGGCGGGGAUUCUGGAACACGCCCCGUCAGCUACGUGUUUCUUUGCUCCAACUGUAAAUUGUCGCAAACGAUACAAUGACAAUAUACACUCUGCCUGGGGGAUGGAUAACCGUACAUGUCCCAUGAGAGUCAAGGUUAAUGGAGAAAUGAGAACGUAUUUUGAAAAUCGAUUAGGAGCAGCUGGCUCCAAUCCAUACUUGUUGUUAGCUGCCACCGUUGCUUCUGGUAUUGAUGGCAUACAGCGAAAACUACCACUGACUCUACCACCGAUAUCUGGAGAGAGUUUCGAUCCGCAUAAUAUUCCACCAAAUGCUGUAAAGAUACCAAAGAAUCUUGGAGACGCUUUGGAUAUUUUGGAAAAGGACGCAAUCUUGGUCGAAGCUUUGGGUGAAGAUUUUAUUAAAUGCUACCUUGCCGUGAAACGUCAUGAAAUCGCUGUAGGACAAGUUGCAGAAGAUAAAGGCGAUAGUGAAUGGGAAUAUAAAAUGUACUUGGAAUACAUUUAA